GGCGGAGGGGAACAGCUCGUGGGUUCGGAGACGGUGCCGUGUGCUGUAGUGGUGUGCGUGCGUCUGUGUACCUGGGUUAUUUUUUUAAAUUAUUUCCCCCCUUCAGCGAGAUGGGCGCGCUUCCGAGGAACCCCUGAUACCAGGUGUAUUGGGAGGACUGGACUGGACUGGCGGCGGCCGCCCCGCGCCAUGCAGACCAAGAACGUGAACCUGGACAACAGCCAGCAGCAGGGCGCAGGCUCGCCCGCCGCCCAUGACAAUAGCCUUCGGCAGGCGGACGACAGAUCGCAGCAGCAGCAGCCGCGCGGGGUGGCCGGGGGUGACCAGGCGCCCCCCCUGCCCCCCAGAGGUCCGCCCCUCACCCCCGUCCACGCCAGGCUGCUGCAAGCAGCCCAGGUGGACGGGCAGGGGCCGUACAAGCCCGUGCCGCCGCCCAAGCCCUUGGCCGGGGGCCACUCGCCGCCCCCGUAUAGGAUGCCCCCCUACCCCUUGUACGGCGAGACUGCUAUACCUGGGGCGGCGGCCGCCGUCGGAGCCAAUCCUGCCAGCACCCUCCACACGCACUCCAGCAAGUUCCCGAUCGAGCGGGAGGUGAUCCUCAGCAGCGCCGACAAGAACUCCAAGAUCCCGAUCCUGCACGAGUACAAGAAGCGGCCCAAGUCGACGCUGACGGCCAUCGCGCCGGACGGCCCCGCCAAGCAGAUAGCGUGGACAGAGGACAGGAAGGCGGUUGAAGGUGCGAACGGCGCUGAAGACCCGGUGGUGCUGACGAGGAUACAGCACGGUCUUUACGGGGACCUGAGGCACACCAGCAUGGGGAUGGAGGAACUAAGUCACCACGUUUACAAGGCACACCCACUGCAGUUGCAUGAUGGCAGCAGGAUAUCCAAACAACAGCUUAAUCAAGGGAUGUCUAGUGACUACAGGGUCCAGUACAGGUCUGCCAACACCAUAGCAGAUAGUUCUCCCUACUUGUACAAUGGCGGCGGAGGAGGCGCGUCUACCGGAGCAGUUCCGAGGACGUGGACGGUUGGGGCAAGGGGAGAAGACACCAGGAGUCCUCAGCCUCCCCCGGUCACGAGCCGGCCGCCGCCGCUGCUGCCUCACAGCCCCAGGCGAGACCACUCGGCCGAGAGAAGGGUCGACGACAAGAACACAGGGGACGAGGAGAGGAGCAACGCCCAGAACGCAGAGAUGAUCGCAGAGUCGUCCGGCAAGGACGGGGCUGCCAAAGACGCCGAGAAGAACAAGGCAUUUUCCUCCAGGACGUUACACACCAUCAAAGACAUGAUCUCGAGUAGGUUUGGCGGGACCAAGGGGACAAAGGAGAGCGGCGGAGAGUGCGUCGGGGAAGAGGACAAGCCCGUGGAGAGCACUCUGGCUGCCUCGACGUCUCUGAACAACAAUCAGACUGGUGGUGGUGGUGGUGGGGACAAGGGUCAGGUCGGGAGUCCGAGGAAGGCCGGGGGCAACUGUGCCCAGCGAGAAGACGGCCAAGGAGAGGAGAGAGACCAGAACCACAGGCAGCACGUCCUGGGCGGGGGCCCGCAGGUGAUAGGUCCGUCCAGGAACUACGGCGACAUCCACCACGGCAUGGGGGUUGGGACCGGGUAUCAAGGCCGGAGGGGGGCGGUGGAGGGUGCCGAGAGCCUGGAUAGGGCCCGGGUGGCGGAGGCGGAGGACGCUCUGCGGAGGAGCGGCCGCGGGAGAGGUGGGCCCCUGGACCACGGCGUGUACGCGACAGCCAGGAACGCGCAGCAGGCGCACUACAGCAGGAGCGUCGGCGACUUCAGCCGGGAGCUGGCCACCCAGGGGCAGGAGCCCGUGUACGGCUGCCACGCCGGUUCCAGGCAACACCAGGCUGGAGCCAAGGUCCUGGGCGGCUCCAGGGCGGCCAACUUCGGCAGCCAGCCCGGCCUACUGGACCAGAACGGCAUAUACAUGGUGAUGAGGCAGCCAGGGAGCGCGAGCCAGCAGGUGUACGGUCACUACCACCAGGAGACGGAGCAGCAUCACGACGUCAGGAGGUGCGUCGUGGACAACCGAGCGGGACCGGGGCAGGACAGGGUCGCUGCGCGGGCCCAGGGCGACGAGAGCAACCCCUCGAGGGACCCGGGCCGGAGGGGCUCGCAGACGCACCUGGACGACGAGGAUGACGAUGACGGGGGGUUCCUCGUGGAAGCCGGCAAGUCGAGGAAGAACCCGGGCGAGGGCGCGGGGCAAGGCGGCCAGCACCAGUCGUCGGGCCAGAGCUCCGACUACGAGAAGGCGACCCAGCGGAGUACGGGCCAGUCCUCGUCCAACGCCGACUCUGGCCGGGGCAGCACCAUCUACAGCAGCGGCCACAAGAUGGUGGGGGCCAAGAGGGGAGAGGUGUGCGAGAGGCUCGACACCAGCACGGAGUCGUCCGAGUCACCCCAGGCCCUUGAAAGAAGGGACAACAUGUAUGGCAACGACUCGGAGUGGGUGGACAUGGUGGAGUCGGAGCUGCGGCAGAUCCUGGACCCGAAGCUGCACGGGCUGGGGCACCAGCCCCCUCCCCCGGCCGGCGCCAACUCCACGCUCAGCGAGAGCAUCUCGUCGCUCACCCCCCCCGCUGCCCCCGCUGUCCCCGGGAGGGGGCUCCAGCCCCGCCCUGUCCCCCAGGAGCUCCGGCCGCUACAAGCUGAGUGCCAGCUUGCCGUACGGCAGCAAGUUGGAGUACUGCGAAGGUCCCAAGCACGGGGAUGGCAGGAAGGGGGGCCAAGGGACCGCCGUCAACAAGACGCACCGCAGCGCCGGGGGCAACACCCCCGGGAGCCGGGGCGGCUGGGGGGGUCGCAGCGGGGGCAAGAACCAGCUGCCACCCGACAAGUCGCACCGGGGGCUGAUGGGCGGCAAGAAGACGGACCACUUGCUUUCCGCGGGCAAGUCCGGGAAGAUGCCUCUGAGUGCGUCGGUGUUCGGGCUGGACUCCACCGACCUGACGUCGACCACCACGGGCCUGGACUCCAUGCUGGACGGCAACACAGAGAACAACUCCAGCGACGACGACCUCAGCACCACCAUCGACGCCACCGACGCCCACGCCAUCCGCAAGCAGCUCGAGGGGCUGGAGAACAUGUAUUCCGAGGUGUUGAAGUUGCUCGGUGUCAAGAAGUACGGCGGUCGCUACCAGCCCUCUGAUCCUCGUAUCAACAAGCGGCGUCUGUACGGUAGCAUGUCCUCCCUGCCGAGCUCCGUCAGCAGCCGGCCAGUCAGGGACAAGCGUCGCCAGGACGACCGCAAGAAAGUAAAAGACA